AUGUUGAGGCGGUUUCUGAUUGGCUGCCUAGAGCGAGUGCGGCCGGUGAGGAAGAACCCGGAAGUGCUGAGGGGGAGCGGCGGCCGCCCGCGCCAGCCCCGUGCUGUCGGCGCAGCCAUGCCGGGCCCGGGCGCGGGCGGUGCCAGCCUGGCCCCCGAGGAGCGGGUGCGGCGGCUGGUGCGGGCGGGCAGCGUGGUGCAGGUCAGCCAGGACGUGCCCCCGCGCCGCUACUUCCGCUCGGGCGUGGAGAUGCUGCGCAUGGCCACGGUCUACUGCCAGGAGGGCAACCUGGAGCACGCCUUCAUCCUCUACCACAAGUACAUCACGCUCUUCAUCGAGAAGCUGCCGCAGCACCGCGACUACAAAACCGCCGUCAUCCCUGAGAAGAGGGAGACGGUCAAACAACUGAAGGAAGUGGCCUUUCCCAAGGCCGAAGAGCUCAAGGAGGAGCUGCUAAAGAGGUACGCCCAGGACUAUGCUAAGUACAAGGAGCAGGAGCAGCAGCUGGAGGAGGAGAAGACUCGUGUGGCCCUGAUGAAGCAGCAGCAGGCAGAGCAGGAGCAGUUCCACGCCUUCGAGGAGAUGAUCCGGCAGCAGGAGCUGGAGAAGGAGCGCCUGAGGAUCGUGCAGGAGUUUGGGAAGCCAGAGCCACAGUCUGUGGAUGGACCCCUCAUCCCUGGCGUGGAAAAGCCCCCAACAGAUUUAAUCCCAAAGGUUCCAGCCUCUCCAGUUCACCCAGCAAGUCCAUCAGCGGGGACUGUGCCCUCCAAACCUCCUGUUGUGGACAGAUCUCUGAAGCCCAGUGCUUUGGGGAGCCCAGAGAACAGUGCAGCAGUGGAUGUCCUCCGCCAGGUCAUUGUCCCCAGGGAGCUGUGCCACAAGUUCCUGCAGCUGGCUGAUGCCAACACGGUGCGGGGCGUGGAGACCUGUGGGAUCCUCUGUGGGAAGCUGAUGAGGAACGAGUUCACCGUCACGCACGUCAUCGUCCCCAAGCAGCUGGGGGGCCCCGACUCGUGCACCACGGAGAGCGAGGAGGAGCUCUUUGUCAUCCAGGACCAGCAUGGCCUCGUCACCCUGGGCUGGAUCCACACCCACCCCACCCAGACUGCCUUCCUGUCCAGCGUGGACCUGCACACCCACUGCUCCUACCAGAUGAUGCUGCCGGAGUCCAUCGCCAUCGUGUGCUCCCCCAAGUACCAGGAGACAGGGUUCUUCAGGCUGACAGAGCAUGGCCUGGAGGAGAUCUCAUCCUGCAGGCAGCAGGGGUUCCACCCACACCCCAAAGACCCCCCUCUGUUCACAACCUGCAGCCACGUGUCAGUGGUGGAGAGGGACGUGGUGCUGCUGGAUCUGCGAUAAUCCCCUCGCCUUGUCCCCUCUCGGGAGCCGCCCGCCUCCCCUUAGGCCCUGCUAGGGACUCUUUUCCUCUCCUGUAGCAGAUGAUUCCCGCCAUGCUGUGAUCCCUGCCUGCCUGCCCACGGUGCAGUCUCACCCCCGGGAGCCCCUGGGCCCUCAGUGCCUGCCGUGGGGCUCCAGGGGUGGGAGAGGCCAGCCGGGAGCUCAGAGACAGAAGCCAACACUAAAGCAGUUGUUUAACUCUAACCCACGGCCUCUGGGGAGGUUCUUGGUCACUUGCUGCAGCCCUGAGGCGUGGAAACCUCUCCAAGUGCUUUUGGGACUUGCCCUCUUCAAGCCCUGCCCUGUUCUGUCCCUCGUUCUGGGCUGCUGGAGGAGCUCCCAGGAGCAGAUAAAGCUUUCCUAUGGUUUGAACCCAAACCUUGCUGACCCUUCUGAGCCCCUCACCAGCUCAGUGCUGCUGGUGGGUACCUGUGUGUCUGCCUGGGGAGGGGAGAGGGCCAUCCCUCUGUCAGCAUCUCGGGGCUGGAAACCCCUGGAUGUGGCCCUGCUUGCACCCCAGCAGUGUUUAGGGAUGUCUGGGCACUCAUCCCUUUCCUGGCCUGGUGUUACCAUGGAGGAGCUCGGUCUGGCUGCCACCACCACUGCAGGAUGGGAUUUCCAGCAGCUUUGACCACCCCAUCCCACUCCAAGGUGGAAUUCCAGCAGUUUGACCUCUUCUGUCCCGUUCCAAGAUGGGAUUCCAGCAGCUUUGACCACCCCAAUCUCACUCCAAAGUGGGAUUUCCAACAGCUUUGACCACCCCAGUCCCACUGCAGGACGGAAUUCCAGCAGCUUUUACUGCUCCCAUCCCACUCUAAGAUAGAAUUCCAGCAGCUUUGAUCACUUCCAUCCCACUCCAAGAUGGAAUUCCAGCAGCUUUGAUCACUUCCAUCCCACUCCAGGAUGGGAUUUCCAGCAGCUUUUACCAUUCCCGUCCCGUUCCAAGACAGAAUUCCAGCAGCUUUGGCCCUUCCCUGCUCCCAGCUCCCGGUGCCCUGUGCACACCCCAGGGCAGCACAAAGCCUGGCUUAGGAAGCCGGGCCUGGCCAAAGCCGAGCUCAGCGCUUGUGCAGGACCCUCCUGGAGGGGCUUUGGUCGGUGCCAAGCCCAGAUUGUCCUGGCUGGCCCUCGGGGGG